AUGGAAAUCACAUAUAAAUCUUAUGAUAAUCUAAGGACAAUAGUAGCAUUACAGACAUACCGAGAAUUAAGACGGGAAUUAAGACGGGAAUUAAGACGAGAAUUAAGGCGAGAAUUAAGACAAGAAGAUAAAGGUGAAGAAGGUGGUCGUCCUCUGUAG